GGAAAGGUAUCAAAGCUUGCAACUGGAUUUUUUGCAGCUGGAAAAACAGGCUGAAAAAAUGGCAGAUGGAAUUUAAUGCAGCAAGUGUGGAUUGUUGCACUUUGGGAGGACAAACCAGAGGAGAACUUACAUGACUGCCCAUGGUUCUUCAAGCGUGAGGCCAGUGCAUGACCAGUGAAGUAUCAUCAGUCAAGACCACCUAUCUUCAUGAUUCCAGCAGCUUACUGCAAGACUAGUAGACUAGUGAACUAACAACAGGACUAGCAGGAGAACGUCCCUUUGGAGAUUAAUGCCAUCCAUCUUGAACCAGAGAUGAGAAUGUGGUUCCUGUUCAGUCAUUUUUUUGCAUUGUCAUUCAUUUUCUGCUUGGCAGAAGACAGCAGGGAGUAUGGGCCAGUGUUUGAAGAGCAGCCAAUGCCAACCAUCUACCCAGAAGAAUCUGAAGAAGCAAAAGUGUCACUAAACUGCCGAGCUCGAGCAAUUCCUUCCCCGGUCUACAGAUGGAAGGUAAACAACCGAGACAUUAAUGUGGAUGACAGCCGUUACAGUAUGGUCGGUGGCAACCUGCUUAUCAACAACCCAGAAAAGGUGAAGGACCGUGGCAAAUACCAGUGCCUAGCAACAAACAAAUACGGAACCAUCAUUAGCAAAGAAGCCGAGCUGCAGUUUGGGUAUCUUGAAAGGUUUCCAACUGAUGAGCGACAGGCCGUGAAGGCAAGGGUAGGAGUUGGCGCAAUGCUUUUGUGUGCUGCCCCUCCGCAUUUUCCAGAUGACCUCAGGUAUCGCUGGCUGCUGAACGCUUUCCCCAGGUUUAUUGUGUCCAGCCGGCGCCAUUUUGUUUCCCAGACCACUGGAAACCUCUACAUUGCGAAAGUGGAAGACACCGACUUGGGCAAUUACUCCUGUAUGGUCAGCAGUCCAUCCAUUUCCAAAAGUGUUUUCAGCAAGUACAUCCCUCUCAUCCCUCAAACAGGUGGCUUAGUGAAAAGAUAUCCUGCUGACAUUCGGGUGAAGUUCUCUGAUACCCAGGUCCUGAUGGGUGAAAAUCUGACUCUUGAAUGCUUUGCACUUGGAAACCCAAUCCCUCAGAUCCAGUGGCGGAAGGUGGGGGGCAGCCUGCCCAGCAGUGCUGAGCUGCUCAAUUUCAACACCGUUCUGAGGCUGUCAAACAUCCAGCCUGAGGACGAGGGCUCCUACGAGUGUGAAGCCACGAACUCCAAAGGGAAAGACCGUGUCGAUGGCUGGCUGUCCGUGCAUGCUCAUCCUUACUGGAUCCGCUACAUCAAUGACACCAUUGAGGAUAUUGAGGGUGAGCUGAUCUGGCCCUGUGAAGCAGGAGGGAAGCCCCAGCCCGCUUACAAAUGGUUCCGAAAUGGAGAAGUGAUUUAUGGGGGCCGAUACCGGAUAAACAGAGGGGAACUGCGAAUUUCGAAACUGACUCUGGGAGACGCUGGAAUGUAUCAAUGCCAGGCAGAGAACAAGCAUGGAUCCUUGUAUUCCAAUGCAGAGCUCAAGGUUUUGGCUUUGGCACCGGACUUCAGGCUGAAUCCAGUGAAGAAAAAGCUCUUAGGGGCCAGAGGAGGCAAAGCAAUCAUCGAGUGCAAGCCCAAGGCUGCACCAAAGCCAACAUUCAUUUGGAGCAAGGGCACAGAACUGCUCACGAAUAACUCUAGGAUAUCUGUUUGGCCCAAUGGCACUCUGGAGAUUCGAGGUGUCACCCGGGAUGAUGAGGGGAGCUAUACCUGCUUUGCACAGAACAACAGAGGAAAAGCAAACAGCACUGGCACUCUUUCAGUCACAGAGCCUACCAAGAUCACCCUUGAGCCAUCAAAUAUCGACAUCACGAUGGGAGAGAACGGCACCAUGGAGUGCCAUGCGUCCUAUGACCCCACUCUUGACCUUGCUUUCAUCUGGUCAACAAAUGGCUACCCCAUCGACUUUGACAAAGAGAAGGACUACAUGGAAUACCGAGUACUGGAAGGAGGCGGUGGAGAACUGUUCUUCAAAAACGCACAGUUGAGGCACUCAGGGAGAUACACCUGCACUGCGCAAACAAACGUCGACAGCACCUCUGCCUCCGCAGACCUGAUUGUCAGAGGUCCACCGGGACCCCCUGGAGGAGUGAGAGUCGUAGAUAUUCGAGACACCUUUGUGACUUUAUCCUGGAGUCGAGGGACAGAUAAUCACAGUCCAAUCUCCAGGUACACAGUCCAGCAGAAGGUAUUGGACUCUAUCGAUUGGAAAGAUGCCAUGACAGAUCCCGAGUUUAUAGAAGGCAACAUGGAAACAGUAAAAGUUGUGGAUCUAAUUCCAUGGAUGGAUUAUGAAUUCCGUGUCAUUGCAACAAAUACCCUGGGAAUGGGAGAACCCAGUAUGCCAUCCUCCAAAAUCAAGACUGCCGAAGCAGCUCCCACUGUGGCGCCAUCUGACGUUGGAGGAGGCGGCGGAAAUCACCGGGAACUGACGAUAACAUGGACGCCCUUGCCAAGAGAGUACCAUUAUGGGAGCAACUUUGGUUACCUUGUUGCCUUCAAACGAAGCGGAGAGAGAGAGUGGAGGAAGGUGACAGUGCCCAAUCCUGAAGGCAACCGAUAUGUUCACAAAGAUGACUCCCUGACUCCCCACACUCAGUUCGAAGUCAAGGUCAAAGCUUUCAACAACAAAGGGAAUGGUCCAUUCAGCCUUUCUGCUUUUAUUUACUCAGCAGAGGACGAGCCCAGUGAAGCACCUGCAGAAUUGACUGCCUGGAGUGUCUCAUCAUCAGAGAUUGAAGUAUCCUGGACGCCUGUGACCCAGCGGUCAAUCGAAGGCUAUGAAAUCAGGUACCGAAGAGUCAUUGACACCGAGGCAGCCGUGCAACGAGUGAGAACAGUUGGAUUUAACACAACGGCCAGAAUCAGAGACCUGAAGCCCCACACACGCUAUUCCAUAGAGGUCAGGGCCUAUAACAGGGCUGGCGCUGGGCCUUCCAAUCAACCAAUUAUAAUCACCACCAAGAAAGCACCUCCUAGCAAGCCUCCGAAAAUUAUCGACACCACAAGGUAUGGCACGUACUUCAGGAUUUCCUGGGAAGCAGUCCUGCCCUUGGACAAUGAGUCAAAUGUCGAAGGCUACAAGGUGCUGUACAGAAGAGAUGGCACAGUGAACAGCACACUCUUGCGCACAGAUGGACACAACAUAAACAUACCCAUUCAAGAAGAGGGCGAUUACAUUGUAGAAGUAAGAGCCUACGGAGAAGGAGGAGAUGGUGCAGUGAAUUCGGUCAAGAUUACCAAAAAUCCAGGAGUCACUGUGCAGAUCUCCUACAUCUUGCUUAGUUUUGGCCUGAUGCUUGGUGCCAUCAAUUGCCUAGAGCUGUGAUUGUAGCCAACAUUAUCUCCUCUUUACAUCGGUAAAGAGUGCUCCGUGAGGUGACUGAAUCGUCUCAAGCCUAUAAAGAUCUUUGCUCGCUGCAGACAUCUCUGGUACCAUCAAAAGCCAAAUACAGUAUGAAUUUGAAAGACUUAUUGUAUACUUCUAGAGGACAGAAGGCAUCAAGGAACUUUAUCCCAUCCACCACCCACCUUGCCCUUCCACCCCCAUUAUAUACCAAGUAAACAUAACAUUGGAAGUGAAUCAAAGGAAUUCUUUUGACUUGUUCCAAUAUGCCUUAUAUAAACACUUACACUGAUCUAUGGCAGUUGCAUGAUUUGAUCUAAUGGUGCAAGUUACCAGUGACAAAUACCAUAGCUUAGAGUUUGAGAAAAAGAAUUGAAAUCACCACACAUAGGUGCUUUAACAUUUAACAAAAAACGGUUGAUUAAGUUAGACAAUGAAUGCAUUGGUUGUUUUAAAAAGUGAAUGGAAGGUUAAUCUUGUCAUAUACUGUGUCUGUAUGCAGCACCAUUCCUUAGAGUUGACCGCAGCCAAUCUCCCAUGAACGAAAGCCUUCUAUUCAGACAAACAGUCAUAACAAAUACAAUGGAUCGCAAGUUUAUGGUUAUCAGGCCACAUUUUCCUUCGAGAAGUGUACACUCUGGGUGUUUGAAAUCAGCUGCACCUUUUAGUUGCUGUGAUAUGCAUGCUGACAUUGAGAUAUCUUACAGACUUGAUCCUUAAUAAGAUGACUGCUUACACAAAGUCAGACCCUGUGAUCAGAAAAUAGAAUAAAUUCAUUUAUAAUCAAUUUGUGUAUAGAUUUAUACUGUGAAAGUAACAUUCCAAUAUAAAUCUUAAAAUGUAAAUUUAUAUUCUUAUUUAGCUGCUCUUUGAAAAUCAGAUGAACUUCCACGCUGUUUAAGCAAUCUGUCUUUACCUUCUUUGACCAACACUAGAUUAACUGGUUGAUUACACUUAGUAGGUCUGGUAGAAUGCGAGGAAAGAGAAACCAGGAUCUCUGACAGGAAACAUUAAUCCUGUUUCUCUCCCUGCAGGUGCUGCCUGACGUGAUGAAUGUUCCAGCAUUUCCUGUUUCUGUUACUUCAGGUUUACAGCAUCUGUCAUUCAUUUGAUUUACACUAAUUGGUUAAUUGCCUAUUGUGUCCCUUAAGUCUCCACCUGCCUAUUUUUGAUUAUGGGUCUUGGCUACACCGAAUCUUCAAAUGAUGGAUUUUCAUGAGACAGUUCCCUUUUAAAGAACUUGAAUUCUGACUUGUUUUAUUGGACUAUCCCAGCUGCCCUCUUCUUUGACCACUGAUAAGUGAGACAGACGUUGUCCUUUUACUGUUUGUGAGAGUUUACUGCUCAUGAACUCUUGCCAUUCUUCCCUGACUUAAAAAAAAACAACACUCAGAAGCAACUGAUAUUACAGGAAGCACUUUGACACAGCUUUGAGAGACAAGCUGGCAAGCAACGAGGGUCUUCUCAAUCUUGAGGAUUCUGGUGGAACUUUAAUACAUUCCAGACUUUGGACCAAAAAUCUUGCCGCACUGUAGAAACUUGUAGGAUUUUGGGGAUAGGUUCCACAAAGGUUAGUUUUUCUGCUUGAAUAUCUUAAUGUUUUAUGUUGUGGUGGCUCUUGAGUUUCUCCAAUUUAACCAGUUAAACCUUCUUUUACUUGUUACUUAGUCUGUUUACUUGAUCUUGCCUUCAAUCAUUUAAAGUUGCUCCUCUUCAAUCACAGUUUGUACUUUUUCUUUUUGAAGAACUUGGCAUCUUUCUCAUGUUGUGACAAUGUCCAUUUCUCAGACUGCUCCUGAGGAAUUACUGCAAGACUCGAAAAGAAUCGCCUUGUUCUCACCAUUGGAUUUCACCUUAAGUCACAUUAUGAAACACUUCCAUCCAGCAAUAAGCAAUUGUAUGAUCUCUGCACACAUUCUGGUUCAAUGAACAGAUGCAGUAGCCUGAGACAUCCAUUUAAAAAAACGGCCUUAAGGCCUAUCAUACCUGUGCUAGCUCUUCGAAAAUUAAUAUCUCAUCAUUCUGUCCCUACUCUUUCCUCAUAACAUUGCAAAUUGAUUCUAUUCAGUUAUAUAUCAUAUUCCUUGUGACUGAAUUUGCUUCCACCUCCAUUUCAGGAAGCUUAUUUUGCAGCAUAAGAACUCACUGACCUAAAAACAAAAAUCCCCUCAACCUGCCUUAUUUUUAUUUACCAGUUGCCUUGAUCUGUUUACUGAAGGGAGUUAGGUUAAUCAAUCCCAUUAAUCAAGCUUCAGCCUUACCUCUAAGGGUAAAGGAAAAAUCACCGCCUGCAAUGUAAACAAGUUGGUAAGUCCAUGCUUUAUGUGAGUCAUUACAAAUCAGCAGUUUCUUGAUGUUUAGAUAUCCCAGCAUCUCUCGUGCAGAGUUGUUUCCAGAGGCAUGGAGGAUAUUUCCUUGAAGGAGUCUCAUGAGUCUGGAGUUGAAGAAAAAUUUCUUUACUCAGGGGGUGGUGAACAUUGAAUCUCUUUACCCUGGAGAACUGUAGAAGCCCAGUUAUUGUGUUGAUUCAGAACAGAAACCAAUGGAUUUGUGAGCAUUAAGGAUAUUCUUGUGAUUCUGGUGAGAUAGAAGAUCAGCCAUAAUCUUGACAAAUGGCAGAACAGCAUGAAGGGCUGAGUGGCCUAUCCCUGUUCCUAUCUUCUGAUGAAAUUGGUAUCCAGAUAAGAUGAGAAGAUUUAGUGAAACCUUCAGCGUCGAAUCCCUCAAUGGACACUUUGCACACCUGUUUAUGAUGUCACAGUACAUCGUAAGGUGCCAAAUUAAUUGAUGAAUGAAAUGCCUUUUAAUCUUCAUAAGCAGAAAAUAAUCUUGGAAAAGUAACAUUGCAUGAAGGUGGAUUCAUUUGAUUGGAGCAGCAGAGGGGAUUGCAAAUAAUUCCAAAAGUGUGCAGGAUUGUCCAAUGUCUUGAUGUUAGUUUUGGAACAAACGGACUUGCAAUGAGAAACACAGAUUAUACCACAGGGUUUCAAUGCCAGCAUGCUCAUAACUAAAUUUUGCAGCACGCGUGCAUUUUAAAUGCUACUGCCUGUAAACACAGUGGUCACAUCAAACACCUAAAGUCAAGCACAACCUCCGAUUGGUGUAGAAAGUGCUGCAGCAGCUGCCAAGACGCCUGAGUAUAGCUAACGCUUUUGUCUAUAAAAAAAAAUUCAGUGUUACAUGUUGGUGCUGUGUGAGGAAUUUGAAGUCCAUUUAUGAUUCACUUGUCAAUUAAGAUUGAAUGUGUGAUUUUGCAGAUAAUGCAAAUGGUGUUGAAUCAGCGGGUUAAAAUAUUAGUGCAAUCUCAUGCUUUAUAACAGAGUAAUAGCUUUUGAAUGAAACUUAGCACAAUCUUGCUAGAUAGAGGUAGAUUCUUCUCAUAGAUUUCAUGCUCUCCUCAAGCUUUGUCAGUAAUGCAGAACUAGGCACUAAGGUAUGUUAUAUGUAAUUUCAAUAGUUUUAGUAACUGGAUUUUUUGCACUCUUGUCAUUUUUAAUAAACUGUAAACUAAAUGAGUUAUUCUAAUUUCAGUUACUAGAUUUAUUUUCUGAAGGUUUAUUUGUUCAUUGAGUGUUUCUUGAUUGAAUUCACUUGCUACAACUGAUUUCUGAACACAUAAAUAAAUCAGAAGGGUUUCUUAAAAGUUAUAUUUUUCCCUGUUGAUUUGCUGGUUGUUUUUGAUAAUCAGCUGUUAAAGGAUUGUGCCUCGUUUUUAACUACAUGAAUAAUAGGCUUGAUAUCCCCCAACCCAAUUCCAUAUCAUUUUGUUUAUUAAGUCGAUUGGAUCUACAAUGUCAAAUUGUCUCAGUUAUGUGGUGGGGUACCAACGUGAUGCAUUCAUCCAAAAUACCUCUGUCUAUGAAUUUAAAGGACUUCUUGCAAACGAAAGAACUCUGUGUUUGUCCACUGUCUUCCCACAGCUUACUGCUCUGCUAAACCAGUGCAUAAUGAAAUUAAAUGGAAAUUUGCAGUGUGGCCAUAUUUUGCUAAAUGAUCGGAUAAGGAAAUAGUUACAAGCAAAGGUGCGUUUCGCUGCAAAAGCUCAUGUCAACAUUACAUUUUUGUUCAGUUGAGGCUUCUUGGCCAGAUGCAUUCACAAUACUCAAAUUGUCCUGAUAAUACUCCCAAAAUGUAUAAAUUCCACAGAUGCUGCCUAACCAGCUGAGUGUUUUGGCAUUUUCUGUCAUUACUUAAUGUUUCUAGUAGCUGCAGUGUUUUGAUUUUCAAAUGGCUUUAACUGUUGAAAUAAAUUAUAUUCAGAUGGGAAGUGGUCUGUAACAUUGUGCAUGGGAUUACGGUAAAAUGCAAAAAACUGUUCUUUUUACACCCUCUUUUAUUGAACUGAGAGUGCUCUGAUACUUAUAACUGGGAGCACAGACUGCCAUUUUUUUACCAACUGAUGUAUGGUUUUAUGGGAUCAUUAAUUCAUACAGGUAUUGUAAAUUAAAUAAACAUUAGCUCUCUGCUGUUUUAUCAUAGCAAUUCUGGUAUCAACUAAUCACUGGUACUGAUGUGUAACUACUAUUCUCAAUUAAAGUUUAUAUAGACUGUAA